UACUGACACGGUCAGGAUGUCCCGGUGGUUUGCGUUCCUCCUCGCGGCGGCUCUGGUCGCGGGCGCGGCCGCCGACACCCCCGCCAACUGCACGUCCGAGGACGUGGUGGGCAAGUGGACGCUGUGGCGAAGCAUGCGCGCCGUCAAGCCCGGCACCGACUGCGCCCAGGACCCAGUGUGGGCGGGCCUUCCCUGGUUGCAUUCGGUGUACGUAGACCUGCUGCUCCCCAACAAGGCCGUGGACGAGUUCGGCAAUGAGGGCUCGUGGACCAUGGUGCACAACCAGGGCGUCCACAUCGACGUCAACGGCAGGACCUACUUCGGCUACUUCGCCUACUCGAAGGACGGACGGAAGAUCACGAGCUACUGUCAAAUGGUGGGCCGCGGUCUUUCCCACGACGUCAACAUGCGCCACUGGGCCUGCUUCUACGGACAGAAAUCCGGCUAUGCGCACUCUAAGACCCACGAUGACGUCCUUCAACCCCAUGGCCCCCUGGAGGGCCAUCUGACCAAAGAGGACCACCAGAGGGUGGUGGCCGCCGUCAACGCGCGCACCCAGCUGUGGAAGGCCGAGCUCCACGAGCCCUUCUCCACCCUCAGCGCCGAAGACCUCCUGCGCGUCCGCGGGGGCCGCAACUCCUGGACCGGGCCCCGCCCCCGCGCCGCCCCCGCCACUCCCGAGCAGCUGCGCGCCGCCGAGCUGUUGCCCCCCGCCUUCGACUGGAGGGACGUCAACGGCGUCGGCUAUGUGUCCCCUGUGAGGGACCAGGGCUCGUGCGGCUCCAGCUACGCCUUCUCCUCCGUGGGCAUGAUGGAGGCCCGCCUGCGCAUCCGCGUCAACAACACCAGGACGCUGUCGCUGUCGCCUCAAGACGUCGUGAGCUGCUCCGGGCUGUCCCAGGGCUGCGACGGCGGCAUCCCCUUCCUCAUCGGCGGCCGCUACGCCCAGGACUACGGCAUGGUGCCCGAGCAGUUCGCGCCCUACACCGGAAGGGACAGCGCCUGCCCCCGAGAGCUCUGCGACCGUGUAUACGCGGCCAGCUACGAGUACAUUGGCGGUUACUACGGUGCCUGCAACGAGGCCGCCAUGAAGCUGGCCCUGGUGCGGCGUGGGCCCCUGUCCGUGAGCCUGAAGGUGCACCCCGACUUUAUCCACUACAAGACGGGCGUGUACCACCGCGUCACCCUGGACUCCGACCUGGAGCUGACGCCCGACUUAGAGGUUCACCACGCCGUGCUGCUGGUGGGCUACGGCGUGGACGCGCAGAGCGGCGAGAAGUACUGGGCCGUGAAGAACAGCUGGGGCCGCGACUGGGGCGAGGACGGCUUCUUCCGCAUCCGCCGCGGCCAGGACGAGGUCGGCAUCGAGAGCCUUGGCAUGGAGGCCGAACCCAUCCCGUUCUAGAGGGCAGCACACUGCAAGAUGUAGUGCCAAUGGUACCACAAAAGUACAUCGAAAACUGCGCGAAAAAAAAGUGCCAAUGGCACAACAGUGUACAAGUAUGGGAAAUUAUCACAUCACAACACUAGCAUCUACGAUUAUUUCUUUUUUUUCUUAUUCCUGAAACAUCGACAACAAAUGAUUAAGGUAGGGUGAAAGUGCGGUGAGAAAAACGGCAACAGAUCAAAAAAGUCACCAUAAUUAGCCUUCCCACAAUGUAUGAAAAUUCUGUUGCAGGCUCUCCGUAGGAAACCUGGAAGGUUGGGGCGCCCCUUUUCCACAAGUGUAUUCAACAGCCUUUUGAUUAACCUCCAUGGCUCUCGAGCCUGUGAACAAUACCACCUGUUUGCCGCCAGUGAGCAGUUGGGAAGGACUUUACAAAACUUAUCAUUUCACUGAUGAUUGGCUGAUAGUCAAUCUCCAAUAUCCAGGAGGGGAAGAGGUCUGUAAUGUUCCCCAUAAACUUACAAACACCUGAACUGUGGAGACCUGGUGUUGAUUUUCUCUGCUAAUAUGUGAAGCAUUUUUAACAUAACACAAGUCACCAGAGUUCAGGAUCGAAAACUGCGAAAAAAAAGUGCAACGAGGCCUUCUUGACUGGACUGCACUCGUCAUGCCGGUUCCACUAUACUUAGUAUCAGAAUUUUUGUUCUUAAGAAGGACAUAAAGUUCCCGAAUCAAAACUUGGCAGGUAUUCUCGCAGGUUUCUUGUGUUUCUUCUCGCAGUGCACACUCUCAUCCUCUGUAGACAUUUUGUUUGUGAACCGCUGACGCUUGGGUGCAUGAAUGAGAUUUUGUUUGUAAGCUACAUGAAAAUGUGAGCAAGUUACAUUGAUAAUAAGCUAUUUUCAUUAAUAAAUCCGUUUA